UUGUGAAACUAUGGAAGUCUCCGGCACUCCUCCUGCUAAAACACCAGGCGCGUCGACAUCGUUUUCCUUUAGAUAUAAUGCUAACAAUGAAGAGCUGGAAGAACUAUUUGAAGCUUGUGAAGAUGACCCUCCCACACCACAAUUUGAUGGGUCGCCUGUCGUGCAAAGCGAGAAUGCCAGCCCGAAGAGAGGAGACAAGACCCCAUCAAUUUUAGACAAAUAUUUCAAAUCUAUUAGAGCUGAAAAGUUUGAGGACAAGCCAUCAGAGACCAAAGACUCCAAACCUGCUGAAGAAAACCGCACUCCCCCUAAAGAGGUGUCAUCAUCUCCCAUGAAGGACUAUUUGAACCGUCUUGGCAAGAGAAGUACAUCAGAAUCGGCCGACGUGAAGGAAGUGAAUGAAACUUGGAAGAUAUUUCACGAUUUUAAGUUCAAAAUUGCUCAAGCAGUUGAGGACAUGAAGACAAAAUCUCUUGAAGAAUCAAAAGAGAAAGGUGUUCUUAGAGAUAGUUCUAUAUCAGACUCUGAAGAAAGUUCAGCAAUAAAAGACUUAGAUCUCAGCAUUGGGGAUACAGAAAAUCAGGUGUCAUCAUUGGAGAGCAGUAUGCAAAAUUUAUCAGAACUUACGAACCUUGUAACAGCUAAAGCUGCUGAGAAAGAAGUUAGUUUUCCACUGGAAUCUAAAAACAAUUCGGAAAGCAGUGAUGACACACAUAGGAAUAUUGUACAAAGUGAAGCAGCAGAUCUUUCCAGAGACGUACUAAAGGACUCCAAUAUGAUGGAAGUAGAAUCCGGAAUUGAAGCGUUAGAAGACGGCAUAGAUGGUUUCUGCGAGGUCCCGCCAUUACAGCCCGAAUGUCCAUACAACAAACCUGUGGAUUUAUAUCCCUCUGAAACAAUGCCACCUGUCAUACCGACUCCCAUGAACUUUGGCACUCCUCCUAGUAAAAAAAACACACCAACUGUUGAUACUUCAACAUCUCAAAAAACUUUGCUCUUUAACUUUACUUUGUACAUCCUAACGUUUCUAAUAUUCAUUAGCUAUUUUUUAUUCCCCGAAUCCAACAUUUGGAAUGGCUUCCUUCUUGGCAUUUGGUGCUUUUACUUUGCAAGCAACUUCAAGCAGUGGUUGUUGGAUAAUUACUUUUGUGAUUGGGAGCUGAAGAAGGACAACUUCUUCCAACUAAAGCGCAGUAGUGCUAUGCCUAUGACUUAUACCAUUCCGUCUAUAAAGGAACACAAACCCAUUAAAAAGAUCGAGGGUUGGAUAAACCAUUAUAGGUACCCAGAUUAUGAUCCGUACUCGUACCACGUAAACAAAACAUUGACAGCUUUUAUGAAACUUGAAGGUUGCAACCUUAGAAUAUCGUAUACAAAGACCAAAAUACGAAAGCGAGCCCUGUGGGACGAGAAGAUAGAAAACGUGGACUUUUAUCAACAUAGACUGUACAACCUCACUGGGGCCCGAAUCAUUUUAUUACCCAAAGGACUAGUGAAGAGACGGCACUGGAGUAAAAAGUACCCUAUUUGCAUAAUUUUAAACGAGAAUGAAAAGAUCCAGGUGUUGGAAAAAGAGACUGCGCCUUCAGAGAGAAAAAGCGACUUAAAUCGAUCAGACGAAAAGAAGAAGCAGGCAGAAUCUUCUCACGAUGUCGAGAGCACUGAAACUAAUACCAGUCCAGAGAAAAAGAGGAAGUUUGUAUGGAGAAGAAGAGAUAAAAGAGGUGCUUUGGAAAAGGAAGGAAGUAUCUCACAUUCCGAAGGAGAAGUAGGAAAAGAAGGCCUUAGGCAUAGAAUAGUUAGAAAAAUGCAUAGAGAUAAGAAAACAGACAACGUAUCAACAAGCACCGAGCCACAAGAAAGUCAUUCUGCAUUCCCGGAUCCGAGUUGCGCACGUAGCACGGAAUUCGUAGACACGGAGGUUGACCAUCGGAAGUCACUCACCAGUACCAACGAUGAUGAAGACUUGGACGACACAGAGCUCUCUAGGAUUAAGGAGUUUCUUGAAGAGACUGAACUGGAAACAGGUGCGGAUAAUGUAACAGAUGGCGAAUGGAGCAUACACAUUAGAGAAUCCAAGGACAAGCACGGUAUCUUGUACCUUUUUUCGCGAACCGGUCGAGACAAACACGAAUGGUUCCGCAGAAUAUCCUCGGCUAUAGAAGAAGCACGAAUUCCAUCAUCGCCUGAGACGUCAGCAGCAGAGGACAAGUCUUCCACCGACGUUUCGCACGACCACAAGGAGGGGAUCGAAAUGGCCAUCUACAAACUUUCUGAGAAGGAGACUGUCGCUUUCGGCAAGAGUACGACCCCGAAAUUACCCGAUAUAUCUACAGAAGGACUAUCACUUACUACAUCAGCGAAACCUAUUACGGCCACUAUCGAAUCGCAUGAGAAAAGUUUCUGGCCUUACUUGCUCAAAAUUAUUCAGCAUCUAAAGGUACCGCCAACACCGUGUGAAUGUCGUAUGCUGCCUGCAGAGGUGACGUGGCUGAACACAAUAAUGGCGCGCGUAGUGUACGACGUAUUGCGCAACCAAACGCUCAUUGCGGCUCUGCAGAAACGUGUACAGAAAAAACUGCAUACCUUAAAGUUACCGUCAUUUAUGUCACCGCUUAUGGUAACGGAGAUGUCGUUGGCUGGAGCGUGCCCACUAGUGGAGCGUGUGUCCCUGCCGUCGUGGGACGAACGCGGCGUGUGGCUCGACGCUGACGUACGGUACGACGGCGGCGCGUACAUCACUAUUCUUACUCAGAUCAAUCUUAUGAAACUUAAGGAGAGAAAUUCAUCGUUAGAAGAACAGUUGCUGACGGCUGAAUCACUUUUAGAUCCUGACAACUCAGUCACGGGACUAAUGACCGAGAGAAAUGUACUUAGAAAACGCAAGCCCGCGAUUUACGACUCCGAGAUGGAAGACUCGGCAGAGUCGAGCGAUGACAACGACGACCUACCAAUACGCCCUGUCGACUCCGACGUGAACUUUGUAUCCGAAUCUACAGUAACGUCGGGUAGCGAAGGUCCGACUUCGUCAUCUAAGAAGAAAUUUAUGCGAAUGGUGGAUAAAAUAGCUUCGAAUAAAUACUUUCAACAGGUCAUAGAUUACAAGUACGUGAAACGUGCGAUGGAAGGGCUAUCCAACACGGACAUCAAACUACAGCUCGAGGUGCAAGGCCUGGAAGGCCGCAUCGUGCUCAACUUGCCUCCGCCGCCUCAUGACCGCCUCUGGUUUGGGUUCCGUUCAAAUCCUCAAUUAGUACUGAAGGCACGCCCAGCGGUGGGCACUCGCGCUUUACGCUUCGCCCACAUUUCUAAUUGGAUCGAGCAGAGACUUAUUAAGGAAUUCGAGAAAGUUCUGGUACUGCCUAACAUGGAGGACAUUAUAAUCGACAUCAUGAGCCCUACUCCCAUGGAAUUUGAGUAAGAUACUUUAUAUCGAGCUAUCAGUGAUCAUGGUAGUUUAUUUUUUGUGUGUUUGUGUACAAUUUCAUUGAUUUGACAAUCGCCAUAGAAAUAGAAUGAAAAAUACACACAAGGCCAAUGAUUUUGGGUCGACUACAAAUGUUGAAAUAACUUAUUAUAGAGCUACAUUUUAAAUUAAAUACAUGUUGUAGAGAAUUAAAUAAUGUCAUCCUAAAAACCCCAACAAAUAAAGUAACGACCACCUAAUCGUCAAAAAUGUACGCACUAUAUAAAAUCUUCCUGCAGUUAUAGUAAUAAUAGAACUUGUACGAUCUUGAUCACUUGAGAUGGUAUCAUACAAAAUGCCAAUGAUUAUAGACUAACCC